AUGGCCCUCUACGUGCCCAAAGCGCGGCGGGAGAGAGCAGCGCAAGCGGAGGGUGACACGCCGGCCAGGCACCGCCGGGAGCCUGAGAACCACCGCCUGGUGCAGGACACUUGCCCAGGCAGCGGUGAGGGGCAGGGGCGAAGCCCCCGUGCCAGGACACAGGCGGGCAGAGCGGCGAGGAGGGAAAGCAAGGUGGAUGAGAGCCUGAAGGAGCUGCGGACAGCCUCUGCUGGGCGCUGCCGGAGGCCGGGAGGCAGCUGCCCCAUCGCACCAGAGAGCCUGGGAGCAUCACCCAGUGUGCGGGAGCCGUGCCUGGAUCCAGCUGUUGCCCGGUCCUGGGACAGGCAGGACAAAGCAUGCCAUGAUGAAAGACUUGGGGAGCUCAGCUGCGGCCACUGCAUGAUGAGGACCGAGCCUGACCCUCCAUGCCCACCGAGUGCCCAGCCUGGGGCCAUGGAGGCUACCCCCAAGCCUGGAGGCGGCCCUGCUAGCCCAACGCCCCCGGCUAGCCCAAAGCUGAAUACCCCGAGGCAGGAUGUGGGCAGCCCAUCCCAGCUCCCACCCAGCAAGGAGGAGAAUGCUGCCGAGGCUGGGCAUCCCGGUGGGGAGGGUGUCCCAGUGCCCGCUGCAGAGGGAGUGGGCAGCACCUCUGCCGGCACAGACAGCAGCGCUGGGGCUGAGAGUGGACUGGUGAAUGCUGUCAAGGAGCUGGCAAGCAGUGCAUGGGAGAGGGCAUCCCCGGAGAGCCGCAAGCCCCCGCCACCCCUGGAGCUGCUGUGCCGUGGUGUAGAGGGGCUCUCACCCAUGGCCUGGGGUGAGGAGCCGGCGGGGGCAGGCGAGGAUGUGGGCCCACCGCAGCAGCACCAGUGCAGCCAGGAGGCCAAGGAGGAAGAGGGAGGUCUCUGCAGCAGCUCCCCAAAGGCAGAGCAGGCCAGUGCUGGGACCCUGAGCCAAGCCAGCCCAGGCACUGAGGAGAGCUGGGACGCGCUGUUCAACGACGAUGGGGACUGCCUGGACCCGCGUCUGCUGGAGGAGCUCUCGGGGGGCGAGAAGCACCGGGAGAGCCGUCAGUCACCCCGCUUCGACUACUAUGGGGCCGAGCCUGCCGCACCUGACCUCAGCGACGACGAGCUGCCCCACGUCAUCGAGAUCUAUGAUUUCCCCUCGGAUUUCCGCACCGAGGACCUGCUGCGUGUCUUCUGCAGCUAUCAGAAAAAAGGCUUUGAUAUUAAGUGGGUGGACGAUACGCACGCCCUGGGCAUCUUCUCCAGCCCCAUAACAGCACGCGAUGCCCUCAGCACCAAGCACCUGAUGGUGAAGACUCGCCCACUCUCCCAGGGCACCCGCGCCUCUAAAGCCAAAGCCAGGGCAUAUGCUGACUACCUGCAGCCGGCCAAGGAGCGCCCCGAAACAUCGGCUGCCCUGGCCAGGCGGCUGGUGAUCGGUGCCCUCGGGGUACGCAGCAACCUGACGUCAGCGCAGCGAGAUGCUGAGCGGAAGAAGCUGCAAGAAGCCCGGGAGAGGAAGCGCCUGGAGAACAAGCAGCGGGAGGAUGCCUGGGAGGGCCGGGAGUGA